UGCGCAGUAGCCGCCGGUAGCGCCUUCCGGCCGCCUCCGGUUCCGCCCCGCCCUUUCUGCUCGCGGGCGGCCAUCAUGGUGUUCAAACGCUUUGUCGAGAUUGGCAGAGUUGCCUUCAUUUCCUUCGGGCCACAUGCUGGCAAGCUGGUGGCCAUUGUGGAUGUUAUUGACCAAAAUAGGGCACUAGUUGAUGGCCCCUGCAGUGGUGUCAGAAGGCAGGCUAUGCCCUUCAAGUGCAUGCAGCUGACUGACUUUGUUCUCAAGUUCCCACACAGUGCUCGUCAGAAGUGUGUGCGACUUGCCUGGGAGAAGGAAAAUAUAAAUGAGAAAUGGGCAGCAACAAGAUGGGCAAAGAAGAUUGAAGCCCGAGAAAAGAAAGCCAAAAUGACUGAUUUUGAUCGCUACAAGGUUAUGAAAGCAAAGAGAAUGAGAAAUAUAAUCAUCAAGCAUGAAAUGAAGAAACUCCAGAAGAUGGCCUCCAAAAAAGGCAAGAAGCCAGAGAAGUCUGGGAAACCAGAGAAGGCUACAAAGUCAGGGAAGGCUCCUAAGUCAGGGAAAGCUCCCAAAUCAGAGAAGGCACCCAAGCUGGAGAAGGCGCCAAAGGCACAGAAGGCGCAGAAAUAAAAUUAACUUUUAGUUAUGCUU